AUGGUAGAGGCGCGUGGUCGGCAGGAGGAGUCAGGGAGGCAUGAAGGUGGACAUGUGGAUGUUAUCGUGGCAUUGACACAUUUCGCUCCACCGAUGCUACAUACCAGGUUCCUACAUUGUUUUUCUCAUGUGGAGUUGAAACCACAUUUGGUUGGUCCAAUAGCAAAUAAUGAGCGUUUAGAAAGUGCAGUUCAAAUUUCGCCACACUACGCAAAUUGUGUUGUUUCCCAUUUUGCCCCGCGCUCACUCACUCUGCUGAUUCCCCUCCCUCUCACCGCACUCUCUCCCCAAAUCCCUAGCUCCCUCUCGCCGGCGCCGCUCCCUAGCUCGCCCGCGUCGGUGUCGCCCCUUCUCCCUUUCUCCUGUGCCGCCUUCUCCCUCUCGCCGGCGUCUCCUGCGCCACCUUCUCCCGCUCGAGGCAAAGUUGCCCUUUUUACCAAGGCCGAGGAGGAGCGGGAGGACAGCCUUCUCCUGCUCGACGGCGGUGACGGAUUUCUUCUGCUUGACGACGCCGGCGACGAACACCGGCGCUCCUCGUCGCCCUCGACCUGCAAGGAGGAGCGCCUACCCCAUGUUGAGCCGCAGAUUUGCUGGAGCAAGGAGUGCGUGAAGAAGCCCCUGCAGCGGCAGAAGCAGGGGCGGGGGAGCGAGUCAGACGCCGGGGUCGUCCACGGCGUCGUCGAAGCAGAGCAGCGGUGUGUCCUUGUUCAGGCUGCGGCAGCUCCUCCAUGCGCCUCGCCAUCUUCCUCUGCUGCGUCGACGAUGGACUGUGUCUGCAGCUUAGCACGGUGGGAUCCAAUGGAUGCACACGCAGAUUCACUGAACUCGUCGGGGAAGAAAAACAGAGACGCGUACGAUUCGCUUGAUUCGGGUGGGAACAUUACAAUCAAAUGUGGUGUUAAUGGCCUGAAGAUUUUAUCAGAUUAUCCACCAUUCAUCCUGCAACCGGACUGGCAAAUACUGCUGAAUAUUUUCAGAAGCAGAAAUUGGAACAAAGGAAAACAUCACAUGCUCCGACCAGAUUAAUUUCCAACUUAGCUAGAUGCCUAGUUACGGGAAUCGACCAGAUUAAUUUCCAACUCAGCUAGAUCGUUGCUAUGGAGACAGAUGAGUCGUAGGUUGGGCAUCGCCCCCUCCUCAAAUCCCAGGAGUACUCUAUGGAUUACAGAAGAAUUGAUUUGUAAGAUUGCCCACAAGUGAUACUGUGCAGAAAAUUGUGAAAUUAGUCUGACUUCUACUGUACAAAAGAAUUGAUUUGUAAGAUUGCAGACAAGAAUUGAUCUGAGUUCUGCUGUUGUGCAAGGGGAGAGGGGAGGAGAACCUGCCUGGAAGCAAUAUGCUGCGGCGGCGGGGACGAGCUAGGUGGGCUGGGCGCGGCGAGGACCAAUCUGGGGCGGCGACGACCAAGCUGGGCGGGGGCGGCUACCAAGCGGGCACAGCGGCAGCCAAGUUGGGCGGGCGCGGCAGCAACCAAGCGGGCGCAGCGGAGGCCGAACUGGGCACCUGGGAUCUGGACCGAGCGCCUGGACGAAGGGGGCGAGUGCCUGCAGGCGGGGCCCGAGCGCUUGGACGAAGGGGAUGACGCGAGCUCCUGCAGGAGGAAGACGGCACGCUGGAGAAGAAAGACGGGCGAGCUCCUGUAGGAAGAAGACGACGCGAGCUCUGGAGGAGGAAGACGACUCAAAUUUCAAAUCGAGGGAUUCGUUGGAAGCCACACAGGGCACCCGAGAAGGAGAGGAGGAGAAUGCUCUGAAGAGAAGAAAUGAUAGGUUUUAUUGUUUUGUUUUAAGAGCAAGGGAGUUGAUAUGUAGUCCCCUGGCUUAUUUGUAUUCUACUAUGUGUAUGGCAAAGAAAUCAUGAUUUUAUACACACAUAUAUUUUUAAACAAAAGCCUAUGUAUUUUUUGCUCAAACACAGUCAUCGGAAAGCGCACAUAUUUUCAA